ACCCCAGGCAGCAUCGAUGUUCUAGCGUGGGAUUCGAGUGUUGGCUGAGUUGGAAGUUUAUAUCUCCCUGAAUAAUAAACGCAUCGAGUCUCUCAAGGUCGAAAUCAAGUCUGACGGAUUCCGGGCCCCUCAGAGGCCUUGCUCUGUCCGACAAAAAGAUUUGGAGGGGUCAUUUUAUGUUGACCGAGGAGUAUAACGAAAGACGAGCAGCCACUCGACAAGGAAGUGUUCUGCAGUGGAAGUUGAACACACAACCUCUGGCUCAAGGGCAAGAGUGCAAUCAAUUGAGCUACAGCUGACAUCUUAUUAAGAAUAAUGGAGAUCAUUGAAAACUCUGGAGUAAAUUGGACUUCUGGGACCAUGGUGAUAUGCCAAAAUCUAAAUGUAAGUGGACCCAUGCAAUGGCCUUUUGCCUGAAAAAAAGAAAAUCAAACAUGUUGCAAAUGCUCGCAACAAUUCCAGAGAAAGGCUUGGAGGUGUUCAUGUAUGUGUCUAGCUCAUCCAUAAAAUGCCAUGAGGGUGAACAUAUUGCUGAAGAGCUGUGCAUUGAAGCUGCCAAGAAAUGUGGUAUUUCUCCAUUAUGCCAGAAUCUCUUUACUCUGUAUGACCCAAAUAAAAAACUCUGGUUUUCACCCAAUCACAUCUUCAAAGUUGAUGAGCAAACAUCCCUGAAGUUACAUUAUCGAAUGAGGUUCUUCUUUGGAAACUGGCACGGAUCCAAUGAAAAUGAGCAACCUAUCUGGAGACACUCUCCUAUAAGAAAGCAGAAAAAUGGCUAUGAUCCCAAAAGUACUGAAAACGGAACUCCUCUUUUGGAUGCAAAUUCCCUGGAAUACCUGUUUGCUCAGGGACAAUAUGAUUUGAUCAAAGGUCUAGCACCUGUUCGAGAUCCUAAGAAUGAUUAUGAAUUUCAUGAAAUAGAGAAUGAGUGUCUGGGAAUGGCUGUACUGGCCAUGACCCAUCAGGCUCUUCACCGGAAAAUCCCACUGCAAGAGAUUUCCAAGGAAAUGAGUUAUAAGCAUUACAUUCCUGAAACAUUGAACCGAAGCAUCAAACAGCGAAACAUCCUGACCAGGUGUCGAAUCAAUAAUGUCUUCAAAAAUUUCCUGAAAGAGUUCAACGAUAGGACAGUUUGCGAUAGCAAUGUGUCUCCUCAUGACCUCAAGGUCAAGUACCUGGCUACCCUCGAGUCUUUGACGAAGAAUUUUGGGGCAGAAAUAUACAAACCAACAAGCCUGUUGAUCUCAGCAGAAAAUGAACGGGCAAUGCCCAGCUAUGAGCCCUUUGAGAAGGAACAAAAAGAGAGAGAACAUGAGGUGAUGAUCACAGGAAGUGUAGGAAUAAAAUGGAGACGUGCACCAAAAGAGUCUACAGUGAAUUUGAAAGAGAAGAAUAAAUUGAAGAAGAGCAAGAAUGGCAGCAAAAACUCUAAGACUGGUGAAAGCAAAGAUGUUCAAACUGAGAGCUGGAACCUAUUUUCUGACUUUUACGAAAUCACGCAUAUUGUCAUAAAGGACUCCACUGUCAUCAUCAAUAAACAAGACAACAAAAAAUUGGAGCUCAAGCUAUCUUCCUAUGAAGAAGCUCUUUCCAUGGUAUCCUUGAUUGACGGCUACUUUCGAUUAACGGUAGAUGCCCAUCACUACCUAUGCACAGAAGUGGCUCCUCCUUUAGUUGUACACAACAUAAAAAAUGGCUGCCACGGACCAAUACGUACUGAAUAUGCUAUCAACAAGUUGAAACACGAAGGCAAUGAGGAUGGCAUGUACGUGUUACGUUGGAGCUGUACAGAUUUCAACCACAUCCUCAUGACAGUUGCAUGCAAUGGAACCACUGAGUGUAUUGACUUCUGUGAUGGAGGCAAUAGCUCAAGACCAACAAAACAGUACAAGAACUUUCAGAUUGAAGUGAGUAAGAAUUCUGGUUACAAGCUGCAUGGCUCUGACAGCUACUUCACAAACCUUAAGGAGCUCAUGAGUCAUCUCAAAGGUCAGAUUCUUAAAACCGAGGACGUAAGUUUCCAACUGAAAACCUGCUGCCCGCCAAAACCAAGAGAAAUCUCAAACCUGUUAGUGAUGACAAAAAGCCAGUCCCAGAUUUCACAGCUCACUGCAAGCAACUACAAUUUAAGUCAACUGAGCUUCCACCGAAUCCGCAAGGAGGAGAUUUGUCAGCUUGAACAUCUUGGAAGAGGAACCAGAACAAACAUUUAUUCUGGGACACUGAAUUACAAGGAUGAUGAUGAGGAGGAUGAAAGUUUCUACAAUGUGAAAGACAUCCGGGUGGUCCUCAAGAUACUUGAUCCCAGUCACAGAGACAUUUCACUGGCUUUCUUUGAAACAGCUAGCAUGAUGAGGCAAGUUUCUCACAAGCACAUAGUACUCUUACAUGGUGUUUGUGUUCGAGAUCUGGAAAAUAUCAUGGUUGAAGAAUUGGUUGAGUUUGGACCACUUGAUUUGUUUAUGCAUCGAAAGAGUGAACAUCUUUCAAAGAGCACACCCUGGAAAUUUUUGGUUGCUAAACAGCUGGCAAGUGCACUGAGCUAUCUGGAGGACAAGAAUUUAGUGCAUGGCAAUGUUUGUACAAAAAAUAUUUUGCUGGCAAGACAAGGAAUUGAAAAUGAUGGAGGUCCAUUCAUCAAACUGAGUGACCCAGGGGUUCCCAUAACGGUGCUGUCCAGAGAAGAACGUGUUGAGCGCAUUCCAUGGAUUGCUCCAGAAUGUGUAGAAGACUCCAAAAACUUAAGCAUUGCUACAGACAAAUGGAGUUUUGGGACAACCCUGUGGGCCAUCUGUUAUAAUGGAGAAGUGCCUCUAAAAGAUCGGAGCUUGGCAGAGAAAGAGAGAUUCUACGAGGCUCGGUGUAAGCUCACUCCCCCAUCCUCUUGUAAAGAAUUGGCUGAGCUAAUGCAGCAAUGUAUGACCUACAAUCCACCCGAGCGACCAUUCUUCAGGGCUAUCAUGAGAGAGAUCAACAAAUUGCAAGAGCAGAAUCCAAAUAUAGUUCCUGAAGAUAAGCCCAAGGCAGAAAUUGAUCCGACACAGUUUGAAAAAAGAUUUCUCCGAAGGAUAAGGGAUCUGGGUGAGGGCCAUUUUGGAAAAGUUGAGCUCUGUCGCUAUGACCCAGAGGGUGACAACACAGGGGAACUUGUGGCUGUCAAAUCUUUAAAACCAGAUAGUAGUGAAGAACACAAAGCAGAUCUCAAGAGAGAAGUUGAAAUUCUAAAGACCCUCUAUCAUGAAAAUAUAGUGAAGUAUAAAGGAGUAUGCACUGAAGAAGGUGGCAGGGGGAUGAAGCUGAUCAUGGAAUAUCUUCCAGCUGGAAGCCUUAAAGAAUAUCUUCCACGUCAUAAACAGAAAGUUAAUUUAAAAAGCCAAAUUCAAUACGCACUGCAAAUUUGUAAGGGAAUGGAGUACCUAGGAUCUCUGCAGUAUGUUCAUCGAGAUUUAGCUGCAAGAAAUGUCCUUGUUGAAAAUGAAAACCGGGUAAAAAUUGGAGACUUUGGACUAACAAAAGCCAUCCAAACAAACAAGGAGUAUUACAAAGUACAAGAUGACUUGGACAGUCCUGUAUUUUGGUAUGCACCAGAAUGCUUGAUUCAUUGCAAGUUCUACAUUGCUUCAGAUGUGUGGUCCUUUGGCGUUACUUUGUAUGAAUUGCUAACAUACUGCGAGUCUGAACACAGUCCAAUGAAUAUGUUCCUGAAAUUGAUUGGACCAACUCAAGGUCAGAUGACUGUCACAAGGCUUGUUCGGGUACUUGAAGAAGGCAAGCGGUUGCCAUGUCCAGUGCAAUGCCCUGACGAGGUUUACUAUCACAUGAAGAAAUGUUGGGAACACAGUCCAAGCAACAGAACCACUUUUGAAAACCUCGUGAAUGUAUUUGAGUCUUUGCUACAGAGCUUGUGAAUUUAAUAAGCAAUGGGACGCUUGAGAAAUACUGAAUUUGACCAAUGCAAACCAGUGAAUGUCUUCAAAAAGGUGUCCAUUUAUACAGAAAUAGUAAUGUAGAAGUACAUGAAUCAAUGUCCUAUUUUUAGUGGAAAUUUAUAAAAGGCACAAUUCCGAUAUGUAGCAAUCUUUAUUCAAAUUUAUUAUUGAGUUUAUAUUCUUAGAUGAAAUUUUAACACAAAAGUUAGUUCUUUAACAUUGCCGUUUAAACUCUGGAUUUCUGUGGCAAUAAAUAUCAGUUAGAUAAAAAAAUAUUGCCAUUAAUUUUGUAUAUACCUACUGGAUUUUUAUUUUCUUAUAAACUUAAGGUGGGCAUAAUUUUCUCAGUGCAGAUGUAGGUCUUGUUGCUGAGAAAAUAUGGAAACAUAUAUAUAUGUAGUUUUUAAAUAGAGAGAGGGGGAAUAGGCUUCAAGAAUUCAAGUCUCAUUUAGUAGGUCCAUACUCAAGAGUAUGAAUUUCCUGCAAAUAAUAUGGGAAUCAUUUAUUCUAGGGAUCAGUGGUAAAUAUCAUCCAAUUAGUACACCAGUUGGGCUGUUAUAUUCAUUUGUCUGCUGGCUGUAUUCCUCAUUUCAGGUACUAAGAUGGCUGAGUGUUUGCGGCAGUAAGCUUUGUUACGUCACAAGAUUUUCUUUCUCACUAAUUUUCUUCUCAUUUCUAAGUGAGCACAUUCAAGAGAUUAGGGGCAGUUACUGUCAGCAGCCUCAAACACUUUAUGCAAAUGGUCAUUUUUUAUUUGGUUAUCUGGUUAGUAUACAAGAGUAUAGUACAAUCCUGCCUUCACCUGAUGUGCAAACACAGGGAAGGUGGUUACUGGAAUAGCAGUCAUGUGCAAGAACCCUAGCAAACCAACUCAGGAUCAAUUGUAGCAAACACCACGGAAAAGAGCCAGCUCAGCACAGUCAUUGAUAGAACCUAGGAAUUUCUUGGUUGUGUUAUGCAGUAUUACAUCAAGGAUAUAAUACAUGAAAUUUCUUUUACACUCACUAACCUAGUUAUUUUAAAUUAGGUUUAAACAUGUACUGAAGGUAAAACUUCCAAUUUACAACUUUAAACACUUUGCUAAUGGUUGCUUUUGUUUUUAUUUAGCAUAAUUGCUCUGCAUAGAUACCCACACAUCUAAAUUUGACAAUGUGUGUGUAGAUCUUCAUUAAAUGCUUUUGCUCUUAAAAUUCAGGGAACCAGCAGCACCUUUAAAUGGAUCAAGGGAAUUGAUUAGUCAGGAAAUCCUGAACUGCAUUAAUUUAUCCCAAUCCUACAUAGUACCCACAUGUUUAAUAUUUUUGUAAUAUAAAUUUAAUACUUUUAAUUGUACUCAAAUAAAUCAAUAAAAAUUCUUAAAAAGCA